AAGAAUCAGUAAUGAUUUACUUCCUAUUUUGAAAUAAGUUACAUAGCUUUAAAACAAACAAAUUAUGCGUCAAAACUUCAUCUUUUUUUCAGUGGGAGGAUGGCCGCCGUGGUUUUGAGCCGUUUUGAGCUGCUUUUGACUGUUUCGGGUUUCGCGUUUCGUCGCCGGUGAGUGGUCGGUCCGCGUGGUUCGUGCGUUCGUGUUUGUUGCUCGCAUGUUCGCGUCUCGGAUUGCGCACAUAACAAACAAUCUAGUUAGGUGUGUGGUGUCUGUGCCUGACCGUGCUACACUGUCGUCGUGAUAGGGAUACAAAGGCUUGUACGUGAUGGAACUAGACCAAAGAGAUCGAGCCGAAUGUUCUCAUUCCCCCCAUCUGGAAGCCACGCUCGCAGCUUUGCGAAACGCGAAGUGUGAUACAGAAAAAUUUUCCGCCAUCCUAGUCCUCACCAAAGCCGUCAACCCUGCUCUCAUGUCGGAAGCCAUUCGCUCCAGAAUACUAAACGAUAUGGGGGUACCAUUUCUUACGAAGUUGUUGCUUGUGACAGACUGUCCCUCAGAAUGCCCCCCAGAAAUGUUUCAGUCACUCGCUGUGCAGAUCCUCACUACAUUUGCUUCACACUCUGAUGUCAGCGCCCAGUUACUGCCAGCAAUAGAAGCACUGAAGCCACUCCUUCAAAGUGAAGACAAAGAAUUGAAGAGCCAGGUGUUUUCUUGCCUUAGCGAACUCUCGAAACACCAGUUUGGCUGUGAGACAUUACUUCAGUUGGGCUUUGGCCCACUUCUUGCAAACGCCUACAAGAAUGAGGGCAUUUCAGAAGCACUAAACAUUCUGGCUACUGCUGUGGACUGCUCUAGUUCAGAUAUUUCGGAAGCCUGGUUAGAGGAUGUGCUAAAGCACGCUGCUGAAAGGUUUAGACGUGAUCAGGGAUCCCAUAAGUUUGAACUGUGUCGUUGCCUUUCUAGCCUCCUGAGUCGAUGCGCUGUUCCUGAGAGCAGCGAACACAUCAUCUUUGGUGACCUGCGGUGUGGACUUAAAGACAUGCUUACAAGCCGUCUGGGUUCAGAAAUGCGGACAGCAGCUUUUACCCUCUUGGGCUCGGUGCUUUGCAAAUACGGAUCCCCGUUUAUUGCAGAAUGGGACGAUUCCCAGUUUAGCCUCGCCAUAACCUUAGCAGGCACAGAAGUUCAACUUCAACUUCUAGAAAAGCCAGAUGUUGCAAUAUUAAUUCCUUGCUAUCAGAUCUUGGAAGUUGCAUUUCAGAACAUGGACGUGAUUUCUGCAUCAAGGCUAAACCAAGUUCUUGGCUGUGUCCGCGAGACAUUCAAGAGUGUCAUCACAUUUAUGCUCAAGGCCACAGAAAAUGAGACGGAUGACAGUAUGGUUCUAGCAACUGCCCGUGUCCUCUGUGCCUGGCUAGCUGAAGACUCAACGUGCCUACGUAACCAAGUGGCACAAGUGUUGCCAAUUCUUCUUCGAUUAGCUUCCGAGCAAAAGCAACUGAUUCCUUUGCUAGUGCCAGGAUUGUGUCACGUGACAGCAGAUGACAAGUUACGGCCAGUCGUAGUCUUCCACAAUUCCUUCCUCCUGUGCCUUGUCGAGUACCUCAGUGAACAGUGGAAUGAAGUCCGCGAGGACAGCUCUGCAGCGGAACGCCUUGAGACAGCAUGCGGGGUUUUUCUGAAUAUUGUCAUUCUGGAGCAAGGGGAUUUCUUGGAGCAUUGCACCAUAGCCUUAUCGGACCUCCUUGUAUUCUGCCUUAAAAACACCCCAGAUGUUCCUCAAGAGUGCAUAGAGCUCAAAGGGAACUUGGUCGUGCUGGGCCUGUUCUUGCUCAAAUUGCAGAUGAAGAAGACGCAUAUCGAAAGUGGUCCUAGUUCUGACAGUAACGUAUUCAAGAAAUUCUUGGCGCAUGCAGUCCAGUUUGUUAAAACAGUACAACAGUGUGGCAGUCAAGACUCUGACGAGAUUUCGAAUUUGCAGUCGCUUAGCAUAGCUGUGUUGCAAGAAAUGCAGGAAAGUGACUCUGAGCUGGGUGCCUAUAUUAGACGUCAAAUGUGGACCUCUAGCAAAUCGGGCCUUCAGUGAGUUGCCACAUGCAAGAUUUGUACGCAAAUAUACUUGCGACCAAACAGUAGCGACUUGACUCUGUGUCAAAACACGACAAAGUCCGUCAUUGACACAAGUCUCCCUUACCCUGAUGAUUAUUCAUUAAACUAAUUUUCAUGAACAAUA